UAUUUGAUAAUAAUUUAAUUUAGAUAUAUAUAAACAUCGUUCGGGAGCUUUAGUUCACCGGAAUAUAAACAUCAAUUCGAUCAGUGAUUUAAAGAAUAGGAGGGCGUGUUUGGGAGCGUAUAAUUCAGAUUCCGGAUGGAAUAUUCCGGUCGGUCUACUGCUGGCGACCGACACUUUGGUUCCCGAUUGUCGCGGAGAGAUUCAAUCAGUGUCUCAGUUCUUUGGUGCGAGUUGUGCUGCCGGCCAGUGGUCUAACGAUUCCUAUUUGGAUCACGAAUUAAAGAGACGUCACCCAAACCUCUGCAGUCUUUGCAAAGAUCCACAAAUGUGUUCAGAAAGAGAUCCAUACGCUGGCGAAGAGGGGGCCAUAAAGUGUCUGAUGGAAGGUGAGGGACAGGUGGCCUUCACUACCAUUGAAACGACCGAACAUUACUUUAAGACGCGACCCGAAGAACGAGACAAUUACCAGUUUCUAUGUCUCGAUGGCUCUCGAAUGCCAAUCACUCGCAGAGCCUGUGAGUGGGCGCGAAAGCCUACCAAUGCUUUUGUGAUUAGAAAAGGAAGAGUCUAUGGACGCGUCCUAUACUAUAGC